UCACUGUCUGUCCACAACUGUACUACGCCCAUGGAGAAGCAGCAACACCGUCUGUGGAUCGGCUGGGGCUGGGCUGGGUGGAACAGUUCGUUUUGCAGCCUAGGUGUAUAGCAGGCUUUAUUUCACGUCCCAUCGCAGGUGAAGGAAUGUCGCCCCCGUGAAAAGGACAUCUACAGGUUUCUCAACAUAGAUCCCUGAUGUUUUCAGUCUGCUGCCAGUCUGUUUAGUUAGUUAACCCAUCUCUUCCUGGAUCAGACCACCCCGCUAAUCACCCUGCUGCACGACACCCUGAGACCCCCCUCAGACACCUGGCCAAUCGCUGGCUCUGAACAGAGUUGCCAUGGACACUGAAUCUAUGCAGUCUGGCUACUCCAGCCACUCCAACAGAUCCAACAGACAUGGGGAGCAGAGUCGGCGUGAGCAUCGUAAGCUUAGCAGUAAGGACAGUUGCCGGUCGGAGAGGUCUGUCAUCAACACCCCCGACGGGCCCACUCAGGCCUCCCCCACCCACAACAAUGAGCCCCUGCUGAAAGACCCCAUCUCCGUGACUGUAGACGAGGCUCCGAGUCUCCAGGAUGAUAACUGGGGGGAGACCACCACGGCGGUGACCGGCACCUCAGAGCUCAGUCUAUCCCAGGAGGAGGUGGUUGGUCUGUGGAAGGUACCGGGCGACGGCCAGAGGCAGGGCUCUCAGCUCUACACUCCCCUGAUUCUGGGCAUCUGUGUGGGGCUAGUGGUCCUGGCCACCCCCCUGGCCUUCCUGGUCCUCCCGGCAGUGUUGUGGCCAGCCAGGCUGCAGGCCUGUGGCUCUGCCUGUGAGGGCCUCUUCCUCUCUGUGUCCUGUAAACUCCUCAUUCUCCUGCUUGCUAUAUGGGCUAUCUUCCUGCGCCAGGCCAGUGCCAGCCUGCCCAGAGUGUGUGUGUAUCGAGCCCUCCUGGCCACGCUCACGCUGCUGCUCACACUCUCCUACUGGCUGUUCUAUGGGGUCCGCAUCCUUGACUCACAGGAUGAGGACUACCAAGGUAUCGUCCAGUUUGCUGUGUCUCUGGUGGACUCUCAGCUGUUUGUCCACUACCUGGCCAUCGUGCUGCUGGAGAUCAGACAGAUCCAGCCCUGCUACAGCCUGUGUGUUAUACGCUCCACUGACGGGGAGACAAGCUGCUACAACCUGGGACAGCUCAGUAUUCAGAGGGCAGCUCUGUCUCUGCUAGAGUUCUACUACAGAGACUUUCCUCUUCAUAACCCCGCCCUUCUCUCCGCCUCCAAGCACCGUGCCGCCAAGCACCUGGCUGGCCUCAAGGUCUACUCCGUGGAUGGCCCAGGGAACCCGGCGGAGCCGGCAGAGGGGUCGGGGGGACUGGCGGUGGGGGGCAAGUCUCGGACCAUGAUCUCUGCAGCAGCCAGGCACAAAAACACAUCUCAUAACGAGCUAUACUACGAAGAGGCAGACUAUGACAGACGGGUGUGCAAACACAGAGCCAGGCUAGUGGUGGCUGUGGAGGAGGCCUUCAUGCAUGUGAGGAGGAUGCAUCAGAAGGAGCAGAAAGUGUCCCCCGGGGAUGUGAUGGAUGUACGGGAGGCAGCCUCGGCCAUCUUCCCCACCAUGGCCCGCGCCCUGCAGAAAUACCUCCGAACCACCAGGAGGCAGCACUGCCACAGCAUGGACAGCAUCCAGAGACACCUGGCCUUCUGCCUCACACACAACAUGAGCCCCAAGGCAUUCCUAGAGGCCUACCUGUCCCCUGGUCCUACGCUGCAGUACGGUCAAGAGCGCUGGAUGGCCGAUCAGUGGACUUUGGUCAGCGAGGCUGCGGUCACCAGCGGUCUAAAGGAGGGCAUGGUCUUCUCCCUUAGGUGUCUAGACUUCAGCCUAGUGGUCACGGUCAAGUCCAUCCCCUACAUUCGGAUGACCGAGGAGUACGUUGACCCCAAGUCACACAAGUUUACCCUGUGUCUCCAAUCUGAAACAUCAGUCUAACAGACACGGAAAACUGUGGCUAUUCUAGAAUUACAGUAUCUUACCAUUUUGGUAUGUUUUUUGUGUUAUGUUUCUUAAACCCUUUUCUACUUUGAUAUGCUCUUAUUGUGGUAUUUUGUGUCUCUUAAAUUAUUUAAAUUACAGUUUUUUCUAAAGAUUGUUUUGGCUGCUUUGCAAUUUUAAAUGUUUUAUUGUAUGUGUUUUUAUGAACAGAUGCACAUGGGAUAUUGCAAGAGGAAGUGUUAGCAUAGUUAAUAAACCCUAUGGAUCCCCAGCAUAUAGCUCCUUUGCAGUGAAGAUGAGAGAGAUAGUAAGAGAUGGGCAAUAUGCUCAUGAUUUCUAUUGUCCUAAGGCAAACUGGAACACUGAAUUAUGUCAAGGUUUUUUCUAUGCACUGUAGAUGAUCCCUGCAACAUUUUUGUUCUGUGUGUGUGUGUGUGUGUGUGUGUGUACAAGCUGCAUCUACACACAAUCUGGCUCUACAUGUACCUGUCUCUGGAUCCUCCCUAGGGUUGCUAUAGCAACAGUAAGUAUUUUCAUAUCGUCUGCCCUACUAAUAUGAAUGAAAUACUACCUAAUCACCAACAGUUCAGGUUCAGUUGUCUCAAAGUAAAGACUGCUUGUCUUUACCGUCAAUGGAUUCUACAUGUGUUUGUAUUUAUUUAAACGUGUGGGUUAUUUCCAUUUAAUUGAUAUGUGUCUUACUUGUCUAACUGCCCACAGUUAUGUUCAGUCAUUGUACUACCCAGGAUUCGUAGACAUAUCUGUAAGAGGUUGUCAGAAUCUGUUGUACUCAAACCCAAAGCGGACUAUUGCUAGAUACUGUCCUCUAACCAUGAACUCACAGUUGAGAAAACAAACAGGGUGGGAGGGAGAGAGAGCAUUUAUACAGACAUAUUCUAUACUUUUGGCAUGUAAUGAGAAGACAUAUGCAAUAGAUUUGUGUCCUAUCUCUAGAUGAAAUAAAUCUAUUAUUACAUUUCUAUAGAACCUAACCCUUAAAGCUAAGUGAAACAGGUUGAGGCUCAAGUUUUUCCAUCUUCAGAUAUAAGAGAAAACAAGUAGCUCUGGUAAUGUAUUUUGUUCCAGACAUGACUGACUGAUCUGAUACCACUAAUCAAUAUCCCAUUUUUAUUGGUCACAUACACAUAUUUAGAAGAUGUUAUAGCGGGUGUCGUGAAAUGCUUGUCUAUCUCCAGGACUGCAUGCACAUAUGUAUAUGUCCUGGAACUGAUUCCAAUAGGCCCAGGUGAUACAUUUCUAUUGUCUUUUUUUUUAAACAUUUGGAUAUUGGACACGGUAUAUUCCUCAGUAUUGAUGUGCAGACAACAGUAUCCUCAUAGUGAGGGAUCUCUACAUUCACAACAGAAGCUGUAGUGCCAUCUAGCCAUAACUAGUAGUACUACCACUGC